UCGAUAUAGAGAAGAGAUAGUAUUUUUUAUUAAAAUAUCUCAUCCUUAUAAAAGAUUAAAACUUUAGAAAUUCAAAUUACAGGGGAAAAGGGGAAUCUUUGAUCAGCAAUUGUUGCAUGUGUGUAUGCGUAUAUGUUUUGUUCACCAUCUGCAAGGUGUUUGAUAAAAGUCUUGUGUGAAAUGGAAUCAUAUCCUACACUGGAAGCCAAGAACAAUGGCGGUAGUAAUGAUAAUAGCCCAAUGCCACUGAGAGAAGUUCACCCCCCUCCUAGAACCUAUUACCCAUACCCGCCUCCUCUGGCUUCAUAUCAGGAUGUCAUGGCCUCACCUCAGCUCUUCAUCGACACACUCCAGAAGCUCCAUGCUUCUCUUGGUACCAAGUUCAAGAUUCCUGUGAUUGGAGGGAAAUACCUUGACUUACAUCGUCUCUUUGUGGAGGUUACGUCUAGAGGUGGCCUUUCAAAGGUUCUUGGAGAUAAAAGGUGGAAAGAAGUGACUUCUAUUUUUAGCUUCCCUUCCUCAGCUACAAAUGCUUCUUUCGUUCUUAGGAAAUAUUAUGCUUCGUUGCUUCACCACUAUGAGCGAAUCUAUUUUUUUAAUGCUAAAUGUUGGACUCCAUCAGCUGAUGCUUUGAAGAAUGUUGCCACGAUAACUGCUCCGCCCACCAGGUUGUCUGAAACAGUUACUCCAGUGGAAGUGCCCCUUCCACAAACAGUAAUAGCAGCAAAAGAAACUGUGAGACCGUCAGAAGGUUCAGAAGUGUAUGGUGUUAUUGAUGGGAAGUUUGAGAGUGGGUAUCUGAUAACGGUAAAAAUAGGGUCAGAAGAAUUCAAAGGUGUCCUAUACGCUCCGGUAGAUCAAGUAGUUCAACAUAAUCAAGAUGUGUCCCAAAUGCAAGUUGUUAUUGCAAAGAGCAACGAUAAUAACACAUUGGGAACCGUUAGGAGAAAGCGUCGGAAGAAAUGUGAAAUCAAAAGGAGAGACCCUCUUCGUCCAAAGCCAAACAGAAGUGGUUAUAACUUUUUCUUUCAAGAACAGCACGGGAAAUUGAAACCACUCUUUACUGGGAAAGAUAGGGAGAUCAGUAGGAUGAUUGGAGAGUCAUGGAACAAACUGAAUGAUUCUGAAAAAGCGAUUUAUCAGGAGAGGGCUGUGAAGGACAAAGAACGUUACAGAUUGGAGUUGGAGGAUUAUAAGGAGAGGUUAAGGACCGGGCAAGUCCUAAGUCAUGAUGUAUUACCAUUGCAGCACUCACCAUUCAUCUUACCAACUAAAGACAUGAAUGAUUCCCCAUCAAAUGAUGGUGGUGAUAAUGAUGAUGAUGACGAUGAUGGUGAUGAUGAUGAUGAUGAUGAUGAUGAUGAUGAUGAAAGCUUGAGCAAGAGCGAGCGGAGCUGUUUGGAUGACCGCAAAGUUGAUGUUAAGGUGGCUUUCGAUUUGGAAGUUGCAGUAGAAACAGAGGUUGAAACUUGAGAGUGACACUUUGGAGAAUAGAGCAGUUGACAAUGGAGUGCCAGUAGGCAGUAGGAAGAAUGGUGUUCUUCAUUACCUGUGUAAAGAAAUAACAACGAAGAACUCCCGGGACAAAAAGAGAAGAAGAAAACGGAGAGAAUUCAAAAAGCCUCAGACAUCCAGGGAAGGACGAAAGCAGCAUGCGCUCUCAAGCCCGGCGAAAGGCGAAAGCACUUAGGCGGCCACUGCGAAUGUUUUGAGAAACAAGCCUUAAAGAUUUAUCAUCAUCGGCAGCUAACAAUAAUAAAUCAAGCGAAAAAAUUCAAACACCAAAAGACGAGACUAAAUAACGAAGCUCUGGCAACUCUGUCUCUGCGAUUUGGAAGAGGCCAUGGAUGUGAAUAUAAAUAGGGGUUUAGG